AUGAGUAAGGUGAGAUUGAUUCAAUCAAGAAUUAAAGCGGCACAAGAUAGGCAAAAGAGUUAUGCCGACUUGAAGAGAAGAGAUGAUGAGUUUAAUGUUGGGGACAAGGUUUUUCUAAAGGUCUCACCAACAAAAGGCGUGAUGCGAUUUGGCAAGAAAGGGAAACUAAGUGCUAAGUAUGUGGGGCCAUAUGAGAUUCUACAACGUGUGGGAAAAGUGGCUUAUAAGUUGGCUUUGCCAAUGGAGUUCGAGAAAAUGCAUGAUGUGUUCCACAUUUCCCAAUUGAAAAAGUAUGUGCCUAGUGAAACCCAUGUGUUGCAACCAGAAACGAUCCAACUAGAUGAAUCUUUGACAUAUGAAGAAAGACCAGUGAAAAUCCUAGAUCACAAAGUGCGAAGUACUAGGAACAAAGAUGUGAAGAUAGUGAAGUUUCUUUGGUCUAAUCAUGAGUACGAAGAGGCUACUUGGGAGGCCGAAGAAGAGAUGAGAAGGAAAUAUUCCGAGUUAUUUGAUGAGAUGUUACACGUUGGGCCUAAUGGGGAAGUUAAUGGAGUUGGUAUGUUCUAUGUCGACAAUAUACUCCAUGGAUCCAUUGAGUAUCCAAUUGAGUGCCCAAAUCACCAUUAG